ACGCUUAUGAGCACUUCGGUCGACUUCAACAUGUAUACACUGCUCGCGCUGUUCUUAUUUUGUGUUGCUGUCAGUUUGAACUCCGCUGCCGAGUUCAGCUUUGCCUCUUAUUAUGGCGACCACAUGGUGCUCCAGAAAGCUCCGGAACGCGCCGUGCUGUGGGGGUACGGUGCAAACGGGUCAAAGGUCAUCGUCUCUUUGGAAGGAGAACAAGGGAGCCGAGCUGAACAGGCCGUGUAUGUGCAAAACGGGGUAUGGAGGGCAACUCUGGACCCGGUGAAGGCUGGGGGCCCCUACAACGUGACGGCCGUCCAGCAGGGUGCCGGCAAAGCCCAGGUCACCUUGACGGACGUGCUGUUCGGGGACGUGUGGCUGUGCGGGGGGCAGAGCAACAUGGCCUACACGCUCUCUCAGGUGAUCAAUGCAUCAGCAGAGGCGGCCUUGGCAUCCAAAUACCCUCAGGUGCGAAUCUUCAUGGCUGCCUUGGAAACAAGCAGGGAACCUCUGAUGGAUCUUCCCCGGGUGGAGGUACCCUGGUCUGUACCCACGGCAGAGCUGCUGGCAGGUCCGGCCUUCACCCACUUCUCUGCAGUCUGCUGGCUGUUUGGGCGCUACCUGUACAAGACCCUGGGGUACCCGGUGGGGCUGGUGUCGUCCUGCUGGGGGGGGACCCCCGUGGAGGCUUGGUCCUCCACCCGGGCGCUACAGAAGUGUGGCCUGGAGAAGCAGGAGAAGUUGGACAUCAGUUUCGUGAAACUACCAGGCACACUUCCUGUUCCUCCGGAAAGUUUGUCUCGUCUUAUGAACGCAUGGAAAAACUCUGUUCUCUGGAAUGCCAUGAUACACCCUCUGCUCAACAUGACCAUAAAGGGAGCCAUAUGGUAUCAAGGUGAGUCAAACACGGGGUACCACCUGUACAAGUACUCCUGCUCCUUCCCCACCAUGAUCGACGACUGGAGGGAGGCCUUCCACACGGGCUCCGGGGGCCAGACCGCCCUGGACUUCCCCUUUGGGUUCGUGCAGAUCUCCACAAGUGCUAAGAGCUCAAAGAGUUACGCGUUCCCGAUUCUGCGCUGGCAACAGUCCGCGAGGUACGGCUAUGCCCCGAAUCCCCGCAUGAAGAACACCUUCAUGGCCGUCGCCCUGGACCUGCCCGACGGGAGGUCACCUUGGGGCAGUAUCCACCCACGCGACAAGCAGGACGUGGCCUACAGGCUGACGCUGGGGGCGCGGGCCGUGGCCUACGGCGAAAAGGGCGUGGCCUUCCAGGGCCCGUUUCCCGCCAAAGUGCUGCUGGAUGGAGACAGCCUCAACGUCACCUACACUCAAGCGGUUUCCGUCACCAAUUCCAGCUCUGUGUUUGAGGUCUGCUGCACCCAAGAAAAGAAGCCCUGCAACUCCAGCUCCACGUGGCUGCCGGCCCCCACAGUGCAGUGGGGCCGCAGCUACGUCCAGCUGUCCGUCUCCGGCUGCAAGGACGUGGUGUCGGGCCUGCGCUACGCGUGGAGGGACUGGCCCUGCGACUUCAAAGCCUGCCCGGUCUACAGCGCCGACCGGGAGCUGCCGGCCCCGCCCUUCACCGGGAACCGCUGGAUGCGUCCGGACGGGCAGGACGAUUGGUGAGGCGGGUGCUCAGGAUGUUCAUAAACGAGACGAAAUGAGCCAGACAAUAACACGACUCUUCAGUGAACAACAGAGACGUAUCAGUGGCCUUUUUAUACUUUUCAUGCUGAAGCAGAUCAUCAAUGGGGAAAAACCAACUAUGUCACUUUAUCAGUGCAAAAUUGCACUUUAAAAUAAUUAUAUGGAUAUUCUUGGCUUUCUUGGCUUAAGUUGUUAUUACGAAUUGUGUUAGGAAUCAUUUGUUUAUGGGUGGGUUCCUGGUUCGCGGUGAAUUUAGUCUAAUAAUGAACUUGCUGCACAGUACCAGACCUGAGUCAAAUACGCAUUUGUUUUGGAUUCAAAUGCUUUACUGAUCUUGUCUGGUGUAUUUGAACCAAUGAAAUACUCUCAGAAAGUGCAAGCCCCGCCUUCUGAUCAUAAUGGCAGGCUCAAUUACACCAGGCAAGAUCAACAGAGCACAGAAAAGUAUUUUAUUCCAAAACAAAAACGUAUUUGACCCAGGUCUGCACAGUGCCUUGUAUAGUUUCAGUGUUCUGUGAGAGACUAAUGAGACUGAUCUACUUGAGACAUGAACUUUAUUUUAAUGUGGUAAGCAAUUGUUUGUAUUAAAAUGAUAUCAAAUGUAUUUGUUUGAUAUGCAAUAAAUAUGAAAUACCACAUUGAAAACAAUAAAGUGAUAUUCUGAUAAUG